UUGCAUUUACAUUGAUCCGCCAAAAAAACAAACAGGGUACUGCAAGAAAAAAUGAAAGAGCACGAGAAGCAAGGGCACGAGGGCAAAUCCUGACUGAAAAGUUUAUAUUAUAGAUUAAAGUUCUUUGACUUUGUGUUCCUCUAAUAAAAAUUGAAGCUGAUUUAAUCUUAUUUUUUUAUUCAUGCCCUCGGAAUGGCCCUGUCGGUUUCCACAGGAAUACGGAUUCAAACAAAACGCUAAACGACAAGCAUCGAAGCAAGCAGUCGUCCGACACUGUGCUAUGUUGCGUACCUAAGGACGAAGUAAGAACCAUUCCAUCGGCCUCGACAUGUGAUGUGGAGGAUACGAACUUGGACACGAAAAGUUCCAGCUAACCUCGCCAGUCGCCACUCCAUUUUCCAAAACUCGGUCCCCAAGAAUGCGCACUCAUCGAUCACCACCCUUACUUUAACCAUAACCACGCUCUUUUCCGCUAAUUAAACUCACGUAAUAGUUAAACAUCUAUAAUUUUAUUGGCUUUGCGACUUUCCCAUUUUAUCAUAUCUUCGUCUGCCGUCUGAAAAGUUGAGAACUUGGAAAGAGAAAACAAGAAAGAGAUUGAGCUCAACCCCAGCCGCUUGAGCUAGGCACACACUGUCUCGGUGACGCAUAAAGCCAGACGGCCCCAGCGAUUUCCGCCGGGAUCUCUUUAUUUGGGCUUUUUUUCCGGUUCAAGUUUUGUGGAUGAUUUGUUCGUCAAUUUGACGGUUAGAUCACAGGUCAUUUGCCGGCGAGAGUUUUCUGGUGGGUAUGAUGUGGGUCUGACUUUCGUUUUGUUUUCUGAGCCGAGAAAGCUUUAUUUUAAGGUAUUGGCCUAUUGGGUUUAAUCAUUGAGUUCUUUGGUUAAUGUGAAUUUUGGUCAGACACCCAUAAGAGCUGUUAGGUGGUGGGUUAAUGAGAUAAAGGUGAGGGGAAAAAAUUUCAGAUUGACUGGUAGAUGUAGAGAGGGAGAGCCAGAGAGAAGCUGAGAUAGAGGAGAAACCCUAAGGAAAAAAAGGGAAGAAUUAGAACUUCAUUCCCAAAAGGUUGCUUUGCAACUCUGAGGUAAAUCCCUAAGAUUUUCCCUCUUUGUCCGCUAGAUUGAUUUCGUAGCAACCCAGAGAAAUUUUCGGUCCCCAUGCCAGUUGAUUUGGAUAAUUCUUCAACAGCUUCAGGGGAAGCUAGCGUCUCUUCCUCUGGCAAUCAGACUGCUCCUCCAAAGUCCACUGCUAAGAAGAAGAGAAAUCUUCCUGGAAUGCCAGAUCCAGACGCGGAGGUGAUUGCACUGUCUCCGAAAACCCUUUUAGCGACGAACCGAUUCGUGUGCGAAAUCUGCAACAAAGGAUUUCAAAGGGAUCAGAAUCUUCAACUACAUCGACGGGGCCAUAAUCUGCCAUGGAAGCUGAGGCAGAGGUCCAGCAAGGAGGUGAGGAAAAGAGUCUAUGUCUGUCCCGAGCCAACCUGCGUUCAUCAUGAUCCCUCCAGAGCUUUGGGUGAUCUCACCGGAAUAAAGAAGCAUUUCUGUAGAAAACAUGGUGAAAAGAAGUGGAAAUGUGACAAGUGUUCAAAGAAAUAUGCGGUUCAGUCAGAUUGGAAGGCUCACUCGAAAAUUUGUGGCACCAGAGAGUACAAAUGCGAUUGUGGGACUUUGUUUUCAAGGAGGGAUAGCUUCAUCACACACAGGGCAUUCUGUGAUGCGUUGGCAGAGGAGAGCGCAAGAAAUCAGACUCAGCCUCAGACUCAAACCCAGACGCAAGCUCCUGAGAAGCCUAAUUCAGAGUCAGACCCAAAAAUGAUGAGCGGCGAUUCAUCCCCUACAGUUCCUGCGCCGGCGCCGGCGCCACCGCCACCGCCGCCUCCCCCACCACCUACAUCCCCGCCUCCUGCUCCUCAGUCGAAUAGUGCCAUCCCAUCUACCUUGCGGACGAAAAAUCCAGAGAUGCCAGAAAAUCAUUCACAGAUCAUAGAGGAACCACAGGCCACUACUGCACUAAAUGGUAGCUGUAGCAGCAGUACUAGCUCAACCAGCAAUGGCGGCACCAGCAGUACUGUAUUUGCAAGUUUGUUUGCUUCCUCCACUGCAUCCGGAAGCAUGCAACCUCCUCAACCUCAAGCUCCUCCUGCAUUUACUGACCUAAUACGGGCCGUGGCUCGCCCAGAUCGUCCUGCAGAGCUCUCAGGGCCUUCAUCUUCAGAACCCAUUUCUCUCUGCCUCUCCACUAGCAAUGGGUCGUCAAUCUUUGGAACAGGAGGGCAAGAACGUCGCCAGUAUGCCCCACCACCACAGCCAACUAUGUCCGCCACUGCCCUACUACAGAAAGCCGCCCAAAUGGGUGCGGCAGCAACAAAUGCUUCAUUGCUUCGCGGGUUGGGUAUAGUGUCAUCGUCCUCGCCGCCUUCAUCAUUAAGCUUGCAAGAUAACGUGCCAUGGGGUCAGAGGCAAGUAGAGCCAGAGAAUGCCUCUGUUCACGCAGGGCUUGGGCUUGGACUCCCAUGUGAUGGUGGAUCUGGACUGAAGGAGUUGAUGAUGGGAACGCCCUCCAUGUUCGGUCCAAAGCACACGACCCUAGACUUUCUGGGAUUGGGGAUGGCUGCUGGUGGUGGCACCCCUACCGGUGGCUUGUCAGCACUCAUCACUUCUAUUGGCGGUGGUCUGGAUGUGUCUGCCACAGCAAGACCCUUUGGUGGCGGAGAGAUUUCAGGUAAAGAUAUUGGGAGGAGCUCGUGACAUUUUCUGUUUGUAAUCUUCCUACAAUCUGGGGUAAAGAUAAGAUGUGAUGUGAUAUGCCCCAAAAGCUGGAAAGGACUGUGUUCAUAGUAAAUGAAAACGGCCAGAUUACUAAGUACGGUGGAUUGCGGAUUUGUGCAAGCUUAUAUAAAAACCCGAUUGUGUUUAAGUGUUUUUGCAACAAUAGGGCAUCUCUGAUGAUCAGGUCUACUCCAUAUGUAUGAUGGGCAUCUGCAAUUUUGGUCAUUUUGUGAAUGCCAAUAAUGAAUCAUUUGGUACAUAGCUGUAGCUUUGUAGGCAUAAAAUCAGGAAACUUUGAUGAUGUUAGUUUCCGCCAAGUGUUGAUUAUUGUUGUCACAAGGUGGAUUUGGACGUAUGCCCAUUGGCGGUAAGUGUUUUAAUAAUUAUUUUGCUGGAGAAUGCGCCCUGUCAUCAUCUAGUGUGAUAGAGACUUUGUAUAGCAUUGAGCUUCUGUUGCCUUUUUUUCCUAUUUCAAUUUUCCCAGGGAAAGAGAAAAAGAAAGGCAAGACUGAUGUGAGCUUUCUCCCUUCUCUGCAUGUUUUGCUUCAUCAUCAAUAAAGCUGUUAAAAUGUUAAUGGAGUC